UUACAAUCAUGAAAUGCCGUAAUAUAUCUCCGUAUCUCCAACAAUUAUCUCCAACAAUCGUAUCGUCCCUACCUAGGUAGUUCGGGGUAGACUAGGGCGAUAUACUAAGAGCUAAAUAGAUAAGUUGACAAAGGGAACCCGGAAUUGCCCCUGGUCAUGAUAAUCACGAGCGGGGUUAGCCGUAGAUAAGAGAAGUCAGCUAUAUCGGUGAGGGGAUCACCAGGAAUACACCAACCGGGUAACCUAGGUAGAAAUAAUAUGUAAGGAUACCCCAAGAUUUAUUCAGAAAUGGAAAUCUUCUUUCCUGUUCCUACUUUAAGUAUUUCAACGUCAUAUGAGUGCGGUGCAGGAUGAAUGUCAACCGAUUGGCUUUCGCGCAACGCCAUGAGCGGACGCCAGAGGAACGCGAUCUCGUUCGGAGGUUAGAUAUCUUCCUUAUGACUUUUGGAUGUGUAUCUCAAGUUAUCAAGUAUCUUGAUCAGCAAAAUAUCAGCAAUGCCUAUGUUUCGGGGAUGAAAGAAGAUCUCGCCUUAAAUGGUAAUGAACUCAAUUAUUUUACCACGUAUUUUAGUGUGGCGUAUUGUAUUAUGUUGAUCCCGUCGCAAAUUAUCAUGACCUAUGUCCGACCGAGUUAUUGGCUAUCCGGAUUGGAAAUAUGUUGGGGUUUAAUAACGGGAUUGAUCGCUCUAACUCACUCGGCAAAGCAAGUCUAUAUCCUUCGUGUCUUCCUUGGACUUUGCGAGAGUUCUGCUUGGCCGGGAAUGAUGACGCUCUUCAUGCAUUGGUACACGCCGUCGGAAUUGGCGAAAAGAAUGGGAUUCUACCAUUCUUGCCAAGCAUUAGGCUCCAUGAUGUCUGGCGCGCUACAGGUUGCUAUCAUUAACACCCUGCAUGAUGCAAAUGGUUUGGCAGGAUGGCGCUGGCUAUUCGUUAUAAACGGAGUCAUGACGGUAGUCUGGGGAGCUUUGGGGUUCUUCUUAUUGCCUGACCUGCCGAAUUAUGUCAAUCCUAGAGCAUUCUGGUUCAAGAAGGGCCACGCGCGACUUGCGAUGGAGCGUUUGGAACGCCACGGACGAGCUGAGCCAAAGAAGAUAACCUGGGCUGGUGCUAAGCGUACUGUUCUCAAUUGGGUGACUUACUUCAUUGCGGUUAUGUACAUUGCGACUGUACUGGCACCUUGGGGGUAUGCCUACUUCAAUCUUUUCCUGAAGAGUCUCAAGAAUCCUGAUGGCACUCCCGUGUGGUCGACAUCUCUCGUCAAUGCUAUUCCGAUCGGUGGUGGUGCCAUAAAUGUCGUCUUCGUUUGGAUCUGGGCCAUCCUGUCAGAUAUGUUAAGAACAAGGUGGACGUUAAUUAUCGCACAAGCAUUAAUCGGUCUUAUUCCAUGCAUCGCGAUGAGCAUCUGGACUUCGCACCCCGACUCGACCCCACUAGCGACCGCAUACGCCAGCUAUUUCAUCUCCUACCUUACGCUGGGUACUGCACCCCUGAUCAUGGCCUGGCUAUCGGAUCUAUUACCUCAAGAUCCGGAAGCGAGGACUCUUAUCGUGGGAGUUGCCAUCGCGACGUAUUAUGCAGUCUCGGCAUGGAGUCAAGUUCUCGUCUGGCCCGCCGUACAAGCUCCUUAUUAUAAAUAUGGUUGGCAAUCAUCGAUCGCGCUUUGGGUUCUGGUCAUCAUCAUGACAGGCCUUCUCCGAUAUAUUGACGUGAAAUAUCUUCGUCCGAAGCGAGAAGAGUUCCAUGCGACUCUUAUUGUAGGCUCGAAACCAGGUAGCCCCGAACCAACAACUGCUGGCUCAGACCGUGAGGAUAACCCAGAACCAUCAAAGACCCCCGCUGUUAUUACACAGUCCUGACGGGAUUUUAACGGCAUGGGGGUGUAUUUGGAACUAGCGCGAAGUAUUGAUCGGUAUAAAGAUUCCAAGAAAUAUUCUAAGAAUGUCGUAUCUGUCAAAGCCGGGUCCUGUAUAUGUAGAUAUCGAGGUAGUAUUACUGGUAUUGGGAUGUACCCUAUAUUAGCAUAAAUCUCUUAAAUUAUGCUAGUAACAAGGAAUUAAGAGUUAACGAUGACCAUUACGUCAUCAAGCUCCCUUCAAAUUACGUAAUG